AUGUUGAAGGGAUUGAUGAAUGAAUCAUAUGGAUCAUUGAUCCAAGAGACUUUUUGUUUACCACCGAUCCGUGAAAGAAAUUCUAUUAAAGGUUUUGGUUUGGAUUAUUUGAUCUCAUAUGAACUCGCAAAGAAAAUUAAUGACGUCAAUUUCGUUGAUUUAUUGAUGAAAUUCGUUGAUUUAUUGAUGAAGUUUCCACAGUAUGCGAAUCAAGUCAAGAAGAUAGGAUACGAGAAAAUUUUUGUGGACUAUAACGUGUUAGUCAUCAAUCAAUUGUUUAGAUGUUUAUUUAAUGAUAACGACGGAUACCAAAAAGCAUUAACGAAGAUUAAAGAAUUUAAAAGUUAUGGAUUUAGUAUCAAGCUUGGAGAUAUGACUACUCAUUUUUAUCUGUUGAGUGAAAUGCCGAGCGAAACGAUACGUGAACAAGCGUGGAAUUUUGUGAGAUUUAUAUACAUGAAGGAAUAUCCGAAGUAUUUUUCAAAAAAUACAUGUAUAUUUAAUUACGUGUAUGUAGGAAUUUGUGCCAACGUAUAUUUAAUUUGGAAUACUUCUAAUGUAAAACGGUUCGAAGAUGAAGUGGAAAGAAAUAUUGGAAAUUCCAAAUGUAAAAAAUUCUAUAAAAUCGUUGGAAAGAGUUUUGCCACUACCAAGUUACAUAUGAAUGAUAUGAAUGAAUAUCAGUG